GUUGAUUACUUUCAUUUUAGUUAAUACUGAUAACAGAUAAUAAUUCGUGGAAUUUAAUUUCGUAUAAUCUAUUUUAGUUAAAUGGUGCUGAUUAGUGAUAGAAUUUUUAAAGAAUCAUACGGAACGAGGAAAAAUAUCGAGAUAUGGAAAACGGAAAUGGGGACGUAUCGUAUACAAAUGAAAGGUUACCGCUACAUAACACAGAAAACAGCAAUUGCCGAACGCAGUAUGGUAUACCUGAAAAUUACAACCCUGAGGAACACCCGGCUGUUAAAUUAAGAAAUCAAUCGAAUGCCGACAGAAGCGAGACUCAAAGAAAACGAAGAUCCAAAAAUAGGCUAUCAAAUAGAAGAAGUACGGGUUUUGUAAGUCCUGAUAUAGUAGAAGAAGCUUUAAAAAUGGGCCUGAAGGACACGGAAGUACUAGCAAUAACUAAAAACUUCUCCUUAAAGUGUGUGCCAUAGUGAGACUGAGUUAAUUUAAUAUAAAUAUAAUAUUAUUAUUGUAUUAGAGUGUUUGAAUGCCAAGGAUAGCUUUGACAAGUCAAAAGCUCUUCAUAAUUAUAUCAUAGUUCUAUAUCUUUCUCAGUUUUUGCGGCAUAUACUUGUUCCAUGACGAACUUUUUUGACAUACUGGCUAGACCGGUACUUUUUAAAAGUGUACUUAAAGCACGAUAAAAUGAAAGUAGCACCUCCGCGUCAUAUACAUUACUGCAACUUUAUGGAUUUUUAAGCUAGUUGAAAUAAAGUUUGAUUGAAACAAAAUAUGUAUUUCCGGAAAGAAUAGCUUUUAAUGAAGAUAAGUCCUCUCUAAUUUGUAAAUAUGAAGGGUACUAUCAAUAAUUUCGAAGUU